AUGUUCCCAGCAUUGGAAACAGAGCUGAAGCAGGAGGCUCAUCCUGAUCCCUAUGAAGACUUUAUGUACCAUCACCUUCGGUAUUAUGGCUACUUUAAAGGACAGAGAGGCAGUUUAACAGAAUCUGCUACACAUCAGCGUGUUUGGAAGAAUAAACCUCGACACCUGUUGAACAGCUCUUUUGGGGAAAGAGAUGAUUUUAUAUCAGACACCCUGCAAAAAGAGAAGCUUCUAUGGUCUACCUGUUUACCUUCAGCUGGGCAGAAACAGAUAGAAGCUGUAAGCAGAGCCUGGAAUUCAUGUCUGAUGGGCACUGAGGGGCUGUCAGCAUUUAUUAAAGUUCCUAAGGAGGAAAAGAAAGAUGUUCACUUACUCCCUUUCCCUUUGGCAGAUUCAUUUACGCUGAGUUCACCAAUUCUUAGAACCAGACAGCUUCUUUAUGAUGAGUUAGACAGAGUAUACCCACGUCUUCGAGAACCCCAAGAGCUCUUUGGCUUUUUCUCUACCAACGGGCCACUGGAAGCUCCAAGAUGGCCAAUAGAAUGUGAGGUCAUCAAGGAAAACGUUCAUCAUAUUGAAUGGGUUCCACCUCAACCAGAAUAUUUCUAUCAAUCUACAGGAAAUGAAAAGGUACCAGAAAUUGUAGGAGAGGAAAAAGGCAAAAUUGUCUAUCAAUUAGAUUCAGUGCCCACAGAAGGUUCCUAUUUCACCAGUUCCCGAGUAGGAGGCAAACGAGGAAGUAUCAAGGAACUUGCUGUCACCUUGCAAGGACCAGAAGACAAUACUCUAUUGUUUGAAUCAAGGUUUGAGAGUGGGAAUCUACAAAAAGCUGUCAGAGUAGACACCUAUGAGUAUGAACUCACCUUGCGAACUGACCUCUACACAAACAAACAUACUCAAUGGUUUUAUUUUCGGGUUCAGAACACCAGAAAAGAUGCCACCUAUCGCUUCACCAUCGUCAAUUUGCUAAAACCCAAGAGCCUUUAUACCAUAGGGAUGAAGCCACUCAUGUACUCCCAGUUGGAUGCCAACAUCCACAACAUUGGCUGGAGGAGAGAAGGAAAUGAAAUUAAGUACUAUAAGAACAACACAGACGAUGGGCAGCAGCCCUUCUACUGUCUCACGUGGACCAUUCAGUUUCCACAUGACCAGGACACUUGCUUCUUUGCACACUUCUACCCAUAUACAUACACCAAUUUGCAAUGCUACCUCCUGUCAGUGGCAAACAACCCCAUCCAGUCUCAGUUCUGCAAGCUCCGAACUCUAUGUAGGAGUCUAGCAGGAAAUACUGUCUACCUGCUUACCAUCACCAAUCCAUCCCAGACCCCUCAACAGGCAGCUGCAAAGAAAGCUGUGGUCUUGAGUGCCAGAGUCCACCCUGGGGAAAGUAAUGGCUCCUGGAUUAUGAAAGGCUUUCUGGAUUUCAUCCUUAGCAACUCCCCAGAUGCCCAGCUCCUCAGAGAUAUCUUUGUCUUCAAGGUGGUUCCCAUGUUAAAUCCAGAUGGUGUGAUUGUGGGAAAUUAUCGAUGUUCCUUGGCUGGAAGGGACUUGAACAGGCAUUAUAAAACCAUUCUGAAGGAGACUUUCCCUUGCAUUUGGCACACCAGGAACAUGAUCAAAAGACUUCUUGAAGAAAGAGAGGUUCUCUUGUAUUGUGAUUUCCAUGGCCACAGCCGUAAGAAUAAUAUCUUCUUGUAUGGCUGUAAUAACAACAAUCGCAAGUAUUGGCUUCAUGAGCGAGUCUUUCCUUUAAUGUUAAGCAAAAAUGCACCAGAUAAGUUCUCCUUUCAUAGUUGUAAUUUUAAGGUCCAAAAGUGCAAAGAAGGAACAGGAAGAGUCGUGAUGUGGCGGAUGGGAAUCCUAAACAGCUACACUGUGGAGACUACUUUUGGCGGGUCCACCCUGGGUAGUAAAAGAGACACCCACUUUACCACUGAAGAUCUGAAGUCCCUAGGUUAUCUUGUCUGUGACACUCUUCUUGAUUUCUGUGAUCCUGACCAAACCAAGUUUACUCAGUGUCUAGCAGAGCUUAAAGUACUCUUACAACAGGAAAUCCACAAGAAAUUAAAUGUACUUAGACAAGAUAUGGAUUUAGAAGGAAGUUGGAGUGACAUCUCUUUGUCUGACAUUGAAUCCAGCACCAGUGGUUCUGACAGCUCUCUUUCAGAUGGUCUUCCUGUUCACCUACUGAACAUAGCAGAUGAGCUGAAUCAGAAGAAGAAGGUGCUUAAGAAGAAAAAAAAGAAGAAGAAGCUGCUUCAGUCUAGGAAACAGCGAAAUGAGCAGUAUCAGAAAAGUAACUUGAUGCGGGAGUUAAAGUUAACAGAAGAUAACCCAGAAAGAGCAAGAUAUACUUCUACUCUACAAAAGCAGCCUACCUUUUUGAAAAAUUCAGAAAUUUCCUGUUCUUCAACAAUGGAAAAUGAAAAACCAAGGUCGAAUGAGACCAAUUUAAUUGGAAGAGACAAAGGCACCUCUCUGGACCCGUCAGUGACUACCCUGAUUCUGACUAAGAAUAAAGAGAAAAUGCAGAAUAAGAAACCAGGCUUUACAGUAUCAUGCACUCCAAAGAGAAGCACAAACUCAAGCCAAGAGCCAGUUCCAGAUAUGAAGCCAAACUGGCCUAGAAACAGAUAUCCUGCCACAAAAAGAGACCGUGCUACCAUGGUGGCAUACCCAUCCUUGCACAUAUACACAUAUCCAUAGGUGCUCUCGGGCUAUGCCACAC